AUGUCUGAUUGGGAAGAUGAUUCGGAACCGAGUACACACGAAAGAAGUAAGCCUAAAACUUAUACUGAAUCUCGUAGAAGCCAGCAAGAUAGUUACUUUCCUUUUCUGGAACGUGUUUCUGGAAACCCAACAUAUAUUGGUGCUUUAAUUGGACGGAGUGGAUCAAAUAUAAAAAAAAUACAAUCCGAUUUUAAUGUUCGGGUUCAGAUUGAAGAACAGACCAAAGAUAUUACUGUUAAAGGUCGUUAUAGAGAAGAUGUCGACGAAGCUAUUAAAGUUAUUAGUAAAAUUAUGUCUGGAGAAGACUCAAAAUUUAACGGCACAUCAAGUCGUGACAUGCACACUAAACGUAAAGCUGAUUACGGUAAAUCUGAAUAUGAUAAAAGAGAUUACAAUCGUGGUAAAGCUGAAUAUGGUAAAUCUGAAUAUGAUAAAAGAGAUUACAAUCGUGGUAAAGCUGAUUAUGGUAAAUCUGAAUAUGAUGAAAGAGAUUAUAGACGUGGUAAAGCUAAUUAUGGUAAAUCUGAAUAUGAUAAAAGAGAUAACAAUCGUAAUAGCAAUUCUCAAAAUCGGUACAGUAACAAUGAAUAUUAUUCCGGAAAUGACGAAUUUGAACCGAUUGAUUGGACAGCUGCAAAUAGCAGAGCUGAACAGAAAAAUGAUACGGACUCGAAGUAUUCGUUUCCUAAAAAUGAUUAUUCUUUUGGAAAUGAUGAUUUUGAACCAAUCGAUUGGGCAGCUGCAAAUCGUAACGCUGAAGAAUCUCGUAAAGCGCGAUGGGCAAAUGCUCCAAAACUGACAAAAGAUUUUUAUCGUGAAGAGUCAGAAGUUGCUAAUAUGACGAUGAAGGAUGUGAAUGAGUUGCGUCUUUCUAACAAUAACAUUACCGUUUCUCGACUCAUAACAAGUAAAGAUGAAAAGUUUGAUGACAUUCCUAAUCCAGUUUGGAAAUUCAAGCAAUGUUUUAAAGAUUAUCCUGAUCUUCUGGAAGAGAUUAAUAAACAGAACUUUACUGAACCCUCUCCAAUACAGAAGCAAGCAUGGCCUAUAUUAUUAAAAGGAGAAGAUUUGAUAGGUAUAGCCCAAACAGGCACAGGUAAAACCUUAGCAUUUUUGCUUCCAGCUCUGAUUCAUACUGAUGGUCAACCGAAACCUCGCAACGGUCCGAACAUAUUAGUACUGGCACCAACGCGAGAAUUAGCACUACAAAUAGAAAAAGAAGUAAACAAAUACUCGUUCCGUGGAAUGAAAGCGUAA